AUGAAGCCUUACCGCGAGCUUCUGCCUGCUAAUGCGAGCUUUGUGGACGAUACCGACCUAGCAGAGGCGUCAUCUACUUCCUCCAUCUCGAGUAGCAAGAAGCGUGCUCCGCAGACCAAGGUGGCAUGUUCUGCCUGCCGCCGCAAGCGAACGAAGUGCGAUGGCCGUCGGCCUGUAUGCUCGACCUGCGCCGCCACGGUUCGCCGGCCAGCUGAGGAAUGUGAGUAUGACGUCGACCCUGACCUUACUCGAACGGCUGCUCUCAAGAAGAAGAACAGCGACCUUCUUCGCCGUAGCCGUCUCUUGGAACAGCUCUUCCAUCUACUGACUCUACGCACCGAAGAUGAGUCAAUCGCAAUCAUUCGCCGAAUGCGUACGACCAAUCUGGACGAGGAUAUUGAAAACCUGAUCAGCUUCAUCAAGAGCGGUGAUCUGCUCAUGAUGUUUCACUCUGCAGAGUCCGGUUCCAAAGACGUCGAAGCUAUCAACCCUGCCGCUGCUGGAGACGUGGACUCCGGCGCAGCGCGUACCUCGUCCGACGAAGCUACUGCACUGCUUGAGACUUUGUGA